UGAUCGGAAAGGCCUGUGGGAAUUAUACUGCUCCCAUUGUCAAAUCUUAUUUAUCAUACUGUAUGUUUUGUUGGCCAACCGUCACAGAGUUUGGCUGCUGCUGCUGCCAAGUUAUCAUGCUAAUUAGGAAUUAAAGUAAUUUGAUUGGCUUUGAUGGAUAUUCAUGGCCAUGUCUACAUCUGAUGAGAGUGAAGACUGGUUUGUUGCAGAAGGCUCUCAGUGCAGCGAGUCAUGUUACAUGUGUGUUGGACGCUACACACCUGAUGAUGUGAUACAACCAUUUCUAAGCCAUGGGGAACCAACAGUGCAAUUCUUGGAAUGAUGAGAGAUAUGGUUGUGUAUUCUUAUGGCAGCUACCACCUUGGGCAUGGCACGAAGACAAGGACCUUUAAAUUACCCCUACGCAACUGACUUAAAUAUACCCAAACCUGCAUGGUCACAAGAACCGUCGGCCCAAUUUCCUGCCAAGUAUAGUCAGUUGCCUUCAAUUCCGUCCCCGACCCCUGCCGUGGACAACCAAGUGGUACCAUUUCACGGUGCAGGGGGACGGAAUGGGAUGAGGUCUAGCGUUGACCUCAUCGAAGCUCAGGAGAAAGUCAAUUUCCUGGAGUCUCGUCUUGGCGUCACAGAGAAGUCAAACCGUGCUCUUCUAGAAGAGGUGUUACGACUACAGAAUGAACUCAGGACUUCUGUGAAUAAGAAUGAGAACACGUUACGAGAAGAGCGCAAUGCUCGCCAGCAGGUGGAGUCAUCGCUCAAGAUGUGCAAUGACCUCAUCAUGCAGCUGUCCACUCGGAUCAAGGUCACGGAAGAGAAGCUACUGGAGGAAAGGUCAGCUUUGUCCACCCUGGUCACUCACACCAAGGGUGUGGAGCAAGCUGUACUCUCCAGUCAGCAUGAACUACGCACGAAGAAGGACUCACAGAUGACAAGAAUAUCCGAGUUGCAGGGCUCCCUCCAUGAGACUCAGCGAGCCAAGGAUCAGGUUGAGAAGCAGGUGUUCUCUCUGAUGGAGGAACUGAGAGGGUUGCGGAGCAAGGUUGACACACAGAACCAGGAGUUCCAGUCUAUAGCCAGCGACCUCAGGAUGAGGUCCAAGAGGCUGGAGGAAGAGAACAGGGUCCAGAGGUUAGAGUCUAUGAGGAAGCAGGGUGACAUCCAGACCCAGACUAACAGUAGCACCACCCACCUCCGCGGACAAGUCGAGACCAGAAUGGGUGAGAUCCGUGAUGUUAUCCUCGAUCUGCGGACACGACAAGAUCAGGAGUCGACAGAUAGAAGAAGUCUGGAACAGACACUUCAGCUCAGAUCAAACGAACUCAAGCAGUUGAUCUCGGAGCAGAAUCGGAAGCGAGAGGAGUCGAUGCACGCACUGGACAUGAUUGCACGAGAGAAAGAGCAUAAAACAGAAUCUGACCGGAUGAAGCAACAGGCCAAGGUUGCAGAGACUUUGGAGGACAUCAACAAGAAGAUCCUCAACAAGGAGAUCAAACUCCGCGAGGAGAUCCAGGACAAGCAUGUGCAACUGGAGAAGCUCAUGCAGAAAGAACAGUCAGCAAGGAAUGAGUAUGAACGGCGAUCUCGCGAAGAAGUGGAGGCUCAGUACCAGAACAUGAAGAAAAUGACAGACUCUGAAAUACAGGCACUUAGAGAUCUCAUCAAGGAGGGAAUAGAGAAUGACCGCAGCAAGGGCAAGGAGACCCUGCUGAAGCUGAACGAUGCCAUCACUCUGCUGGAGAAACAGAUGCAGGAGAACAAGAAGCAGGUGGACAAGAUACUCUCUGCUGAAAUCAAGUCAAGGAAGGAGAGAGAGAAGAAGACUGAUGACAAGCUGGACAAUCUGCAGGAGAAGUUGGCUGUGGCCACUAUGACACUACAGCAAGCUAUUGGGGGAGUGACCAGCCAGCUGAGUGACCACACGGACAAGGUACGGACGGAGGUGAAAGAUUUGUUGAAAGAACAAGAUCAGUCAUCAGCCCGCGCCAUGACAGAUAUGGAUGCUCGCUUACAGAAUAUGAAUAAGAAAGUGUCUGGCAUUGAAGGUGAUGUCAACAGCAAGGUCAACAAGCUUGCAUUGCUAAGUAACCCAGAGAGACAGGAACACGGAGAGGCCGCCACAACAAUGGGGGAGAACCUGCGUGAGAAGGUGGCCUCUAUCACUCUGUGGCAGGACGUCACCAGCCAGACCAUCCGGGAACUGAAUGCCAGUCUCCAGGCGAUGCCCAAUGAUAUUGAUGCUGUAGAGGAAAAGCAGCGCCUUAUGAAGUCCGACCUGACAACACGUCUCCAGAUGGAAACUGACCAUAGACUGCGUGAUGUAGACAAUCUCAAGGAUGAAAUCCAGCUUCUUAAGAACAAGAAGCCCACGACGAAGGGUGUCUCAUCUGCUGAGCUGGAAACUGACCAUAAGAUACUAGCCAGGAUACAGCAGAGUGUCCGCAAGUUGGCUGAGUCCAUCCAGACAGUAAAGACAGUGCUGGGCAUGAAGAUCCAGUCAGAACAGAAGCUGCGAGUAGAAGAGGUGAAGGAACUUCAAGAUGAAGUCUCUCAGCUCCGCGCCGACGUCCAGCCCCUCCUGCGUAACCGACCCCCAAAACAGUUUAUCAAGGGGGAUGGUAAAGGAAACGACAGCGAUGUCAACAAAUGGGGGGUGCGCAAUGCCUAUAGUUGGCUUACCUGGAAGUCACGCAUCAUGUACCUUAAAUGGAGGAAGUCAUCGCGACGCAAGAAGCCUAAUAGUGAAUCUCCCACACCUAGAAGCAAACCACCCACACCUAGAAGCAAGCCAGCCACACCCAAGAGUCGCAAAUCUCCUGGUCCCAGCAAAGGCGACCAGGGAAACGAACCCACCUGGUAGAUAGGAAAACCAUGAAACUUGUUAAACUGUCUCUUAUUCUUAUCUCUGGGGUCGUCUGCCUUAAUUUCCUACCAGAACCCAGGGAGAAGAAGAAAAAACUUAAGUCUAAAUAUGUCCAGAUUGAAAAGCAGUGAUGCAUCCUAGCCAUACGUUUACUGCACAAGCUAUACGAGUAUAGAUGAUAAGACAUGCAUUUGAUGUUGACUAUCUCGUUAUUGAGUAUAAGCUGACACAAAAUGAAAUUGUUCACGUUAUAAACUGUUGCUAUAUUAUUACAAUACUGCUGAUGCGAUGUGAUUUUAACUGACUUAGUACAAGAUUCACUGAAUUAGACCUGUCAAUUUUUAUUCACUGAAAUCUGCUCAGUAGACAAGGUUUGGGUUGAAUAAUGUGGCCUUAUGUUGUUCUUGUUCUUGUAUUAUGUUCUUGCCAUAGGCAAGUCCUGUAAGUCAGUAUGAUACUGCUGGAUGCAUCACUGUGAUGAGGAUGCAAGUACUCCGUCCACAUAUACUAUUAUCAUAUUUACACAAACUAUUUAUCAUGCAUAACUCCGUCCAUUGUUAUCUUCAACCAUUAUUCAAAAGAUGUGUGUGUAAUUUCAUGCAGGUUUUUUAAGGGAUGCUACAAGUAUGUGAAAUGGUGAUAUACUGCUCUACCCUUUCAUUCCCAGUAUUUAUUGUUCUUGUUUUAGGAACAACCCUCACACAAUUUUAAAAUGACUGCUGUUUUAUUGUGCCCCUUACCUAUUGGCAUAUUAACCAAGAAAUGCAAGCAAUAAUAUUACUAGUAUUUAAGGUAAUAAAAUUAAUAGAAAAAUCUUAUAAGGUUUAAUCAGCAUGUUCUCCACAAGUAGCAGCCCUACCAACUUGAUGCAUUAUGAUUGAGGAAGUUCAUUUUGUGCACAUUUGUGAGAAUAUAAAUCCCACAUAAAUAUGAUCACAGCUUUCACGUAUGUUUAACCCACAGAAUCUCAUCAUCCAUCACUUCCAUCUUAAGUCAAACACUGCACUGCAACAUUUCUAUUCAAUUAUAGUUUCUCAAGCUUCAUCCACGUGCUUAUACCUAUGUAUUUUCUUUUAAAUAAGAUAAUUCAAAUAGUAUGUGAAACAUGCCAAGAUUCCAGCCCUUUUGUGGUUCUUCACAGUUCUGUUGCAAGUAUUUAUUUUACCAAUUCCAUGAGUACAGAGUUUUUCAAGAGCUUCUAUCUACCAGGGUGUAAAAAAUGGCCAAUAGGAACUUGCAAUAUAUAAGAGUAUAUAACAAGAAAAAUAUUUGUUUAUUGUAAAAUAUAAAAUGGCUAAAGCAAACCCUGAUGUAUAAAUAUAUAUUACUAACUCUAACAAAUGUAUAUUGUAGCCUGUAUUAACAAAUCUCUUAAAAGGGUAUUGGAAAAGGUAUUGUCUCACUAAUUGAAGUUCUAACAGACCUUCACUUAUCACAUGUUUACAGUUUCUCGUUUACAUUUUUGUCAAUGGAAUUUGGAUGAUAUGACAAUCAGAAGUCUGACUCACAUUCAACAUACAUGUCAGUAGUUUGUUAAAUAUACUACUCAAAAGAAGUUAAAGAAGUCUGGAUUUUUUAAUAUGACUAUAGGUAAUAUGUCAUGAAAAAUGGGUGUUGUUUAACUUGUUUUGAGUAGUACAUGUUUUCAGGUAUGUUUCCUACCUCGGAGACAGUGCUAGAUCUGAUGGCUGUUAAGUGCCUGUAGUCUUAUUAAGUUGCUGUAACUAUUCCAAUCACUGUCCUUGAUUUUAAAUGGUUAAUACUGUGUGUACCAUUUCUGUUAAAUCCUUUCAUCAUCCUUGACUUGUGCAUCAAAUGUGCAUGAUCACAACUAAAACUGCUUAGGUCAUGGUUAUAUAUUUGUAUUGACCCUUCACACCUAAUCCCCCCGCCCCCCUCAUUCAGUAAGCACACAGUGAUGGCACGUACAGACACCUGAUCAUCGCAAGGAUGUUGUGUCAUUGUGGGAGGUUUAGUUCUCUUGGAACUAUGUACUGACUGUGAUAUUGUAUAUGUUGAAUCUCCUGUCAUGUAUAGCAGUCCACUGUGCCUUGACAUUCCAGACACAUAACGCACACUGACUGUAUGUGGCAGGCACAAUAGAACCCUGGUAACAGAUCCUUGACACAUUUGGACCCCUAGUAACAGACACUUUUUGACUUACCAUAAGGACACUUAAAGUGGACACUUGACACAUUUGAUCCUUAUAGCAAUAGACAUUUGACACAUUUGGACCCCUAGUAACAGACACAUACCCAGUAACCAUUAGAGCCCGAGUUACUUACACUAGACACAUUUGGACCCUAGUAACAGACACAUGACACAGUGGGAUCUUCAGUAACAGACAAAUGACACAGUGGGAUCUUCAGUAACAGACACAUGACACAGUGGCAUCUUCUGUCACGGACACAUGACACAGUGGGAUCUUCUGUCACGGACACAUGACACAGUUGGAACUUCAGUAACAGACACAUGACACAGUUGGAACUUCAGUAACAGACACAUGACACAGUGGGAUCUUCUGUCACGGACACAUGACACAGUCGAAUCUUCUGUCACAGACACAUGACACAGUCGGAUCUUCAGUAACAAAAUCAUGACACAGUCGGAUCUUCAGUAACAGACACAUGACACACUGGGGGCCUUAGUAACAGACACAUGACACAUUGGAAUCCUUAGUGAGACAUGCAUCAGGAUUACCAGUAACACACAACACAUUCAUCAAUUGAAAGACAUCCAUGACGCUUUUAGUGUCAGAAAAGAUUUGCAAAGCAUCUGGUACUUUUCUUUAAUUAGAGACACACGUACUGUAACACAUUGAUAACUAUAUACCUUUUUUCAUAGUGCAGUCGCAUUUGGUAAUGUAAGACACUUCAUUGUGUGCUAUAUUUGUCUCAGACACUAAUAUUUAGCACUUGUGCCACAUGAAUAUUUACUUUGGACUGUAAGUAAGGUUAUAGUGACGUACACUUUUUCAAAUACUAAAUCCAUCCUGAUCAAAUAUCACAAUUGUUUAGAUCAAAUCACAAAUCUGAAACAGUAUUUUUAAUCAAAAUUACUUCUAAUCUCCAUAAAUAGAAGGUGCAGACAUGUACCACGAAUGCUGAUGAAACUAUACACAAUUUAUUGAGUCAUCUCAACACAUUCAGUGAAGUUGUCUUCAGGGUUCUGGCCAGCUAUAAAUAAUGGCUACUGUAUUGAAUAUAUGCCUGUGAUUUGAUUCCAAGAAUUGUGUACAUAGUUACUUUGUGUACAUUGAUAUUUAUAAAGUGAAUGAGUAUUUAUUGAUGCUGUUAAUCAGAUACAUUCUCCAUAGAAAGUUUCAUUUUGAAAAAUAUUUCAAAACUUAUGCUCCUGUGUCAUUUUUUAGUGUUUUAAGUGAUUCAAAUUCAAAUGCGGUUAAUUGACAUUGUGAUAUUUAGUCAUACAUGUAUUUUAAUGUAAUGCAGAUUAUAUUUUUACAUGCAUAUACGCACUAGUUAGACCAGAUAUUUGGAAUGUUUAGUUUUCAAUCAAGUAACUUGUAUUAUGUCUUUGUGCCAUUUCUUUCCACUGGUCUGUCAACUAUGGUAGCUUGGUAAGGUAUAAUCAGAAGUCCACAACAAAUUAAUUAUUAAAUUUUGCCGUCUAAUUAUUGUAGGUUCUCUGUAUGUUUUAAGAUAAAUUAAAAAAGUUUGUGGUCUUGACCUGAGUAGAAUGCUUUGGGGAAUGAUUACAGCCAAAGUGUUUAGAUAUGAAGGACAUGUUUAAUUGUCAGAAGCAAAACCAUCAGUGGUGAGAGGUUGUAUAGUGAAACUAUACUCAUCAUCAAUACGUGACAGGUUUUGUACACACCACUUUCCUCCAUCGAGUGUUCUCGUCUACCCGAAGACCCGGGUUUGAUUCCUCACAUGGGUACAAUGUGUGAAGCCCAUUUCUGGUGUCCCCCACCAUGAUUUUGCUGGAAUAAAUCUAAAAACGGUGUAUAACCAUACACACUCACUCCAUCGAGUGUACAUAUAAAGCCUGUGACGUAUUGACCGAUGGCUCAAACUUAACUAUGGAAGCACUCAUAUAAUCACUUUAUAGAUACAGUUGUUGAGACCAGUUUGAAAAUAUGCUAUUUUCUAUCAAUCAGUUUGUUGUAACAAUGGGAGAUAAUAUAUUCAAAUGUUUAUAAGCUUGAUUUAAUCACAGCAAUGUGACAAAUAUCUAGCUGUAUUGUCAACUUGUGAAAACAUAGUUAAACUGAAAUUUGGAAAUUUGAAAUACAUCUGUGAGCAUAAUGUUAUGUAUACAAAUCUGUUGUUCAGCUAGAAAUAAUUUACAUGAAUAUAUUGGAAGAUGAAGCUAGGUAUCCAAGCUGUAAGUUGAUGUUAAUUUAUUACCACUAUCUACACUCAACAAAGGAGUAGUUAUUAGAUGACAUGCCCAAACUUGCUUGUAGCUUUCUGACACCCUCCUUUUCGUUUUCAUUUUCAUUUGUGUCUCAAUGGUUUUCAAAAGUGAAUCAAAACUGACACAUUUCUUAUUUAAUGUGAUGGAUCUAAUUGCAGAAAGGAGGGCAAGGUGGCUUUUCUAUGCUUAUGUCCUGUAGUAUAUAUAUAUAUAUGAGUUAUAUAUAUAUAUACAGUUACAGGUUGUUAUGGCAUGAUUUAAACACAAUAUACUCAUAAUUGAUAUUUGCGAUUUAUGUCAAAUUUAAGAAUGUUACACUACUUAUUUGUUGAUUUUAUUUAUUUUGUUGUGUUAAUUGUCCUGUGAUGCUCUAACCAAAUAAACUAUUCUUAUAUCUCAA